AUGGCUGGAGAAGGCGCUGUCAAGGAGAUGACUACUAAGUUCGGGAAAUUGGACAAGUUUCAAGGACAAGACUUCAGGCGUUGGCAGAAGAAGAUGCACUUCUUGUUGACAACAUUGAAGGUGGUAUACGUCCUGUCUACACCGAUUCCUGAACUUCUGGAGGAAGAAACUGUUGAAAAUAUAAGAAGCAGAUCAAAGUGGGAGAAUGACGACUACAUAUGCAGAGGACACAUUCUUAACGGUAUGUCUGAUCCUUUAUUCGAUAUUUAUCAAAAUGUGAAAUCUGCAAAGGAAUUGUGGGAUUGUCUUGAAGCCAAGUACAUGGCAGAUGACUCAUCCAGUAAGAAGUUCUUGGUGACUGAUUUCAACAAUUACAAAAUGGUUGAAUCAAGGUCUGUCAUGGAACAAUACAAUGAACUUCUACGAAUUCUUGGACAAUUCACACUGCACGGAUUGAAGAUGGAUGAAACAAUAUCUGUCUCAAGUAUCAUAGACAAGUUGCCCCCUUCAUGGAAGGAUUUCAAACACAAUUUGAAGCAUGGAAAAGACGAACUGUCUUUGGUCCAACUUGGAAGUCACUUGCGCAUAGAAGAAUCUCUAAGAGCGCAGGAGAGUGACAAGGGAAAAGGAAAAGAAGUUGCUGGUCCCUCGGAUGAUGCUAUUGCGUGGUGGAUUGAUUCUGGCGCCACAACACAUGUUUGCAAGGAUUGUUUCUGGUUCAAGACUUUUGUUCCAGUGGAAGAUGGAUCUGUCCUCUACAUGGGAGAUCAUCACUUUGAUCCUGUUGAAGGCAAAGGAAGCGUGGUGUUAGAAUUCAGUUCUGGAAAAACUAUUACUUUGUUUAAUGUUUUGUAUGUUCCUAAACUACGUAAGAACUUAGUUUCUGGUCCUGUAUUGAAUAAGCUUGGAUACAAGCAAGUGCAUGAAUCCGAUAAAUAUGUAUUAUCGAAGUCUGGUGUGUUUGUAGGAUUUGGAUAUUAUAAUAAUGGUAUGUUUAUGAUGAAUUUGAAUGGAGUUCCUAAUGAUUCUGGUUCUGUAUUUAUGUCCAAUUCGAAUGUUAUUAAAUCUUCUUUAUGA